CGGGUCUCGAACCCGCGGAUCUCGGAGCCGCCGCGGAGUCCUCCUGGCCGCCAGGGGGCGGCGCUGCCCCGCCCGGCCGCGCUGGGGCCGCUCCGGGCCCGCAGGCAGUUGCCAUAGCGGCGCUGCCGCCGAGCGCAGGCACCGGGACGGGACCGCCCGUGCAGGCCCCGCCGGAGCGGGGCGGCUCCUCAGGGGCGAGGUACUAUGUGGGCCAGCUGCUGUAACUGGUUCUGUGUGGAUGGCUCCCCCGAGGAGAUGCAGCCGCCGGCGGCAGCGCGAGCCCAGGCCUAUUCCAACCCCGGCUACAGCUCCUUCCCCUCUCCCACUGCUCCUGAGCACAGCUGCAAAGCCUGCGGGAUGCACUUCGACAGCUCCUCCAGCAAGCACAUCUGCUUGGACUGUAAGAAGAAUUUCUGCACGUCCUGCUCAAACCAGCCCGAGGGUGGGCCCCUGCUCUGCCACCUCUGCCAGCGCUUCCGAGCCACAGCUUUUCAGCGGGAGGAGCUGAUCAAGAUGAAGGUGAAGGAUCUGCGAGAUUACCUGGCCCUCCGUGAGAUCUCCACAGAGCUCUGUCGUGAAAAGGAGGACCUGGUAUUCCUGAUCCUUGGCCAGCAGCCUGCAAUUACCCAGGAAGAUCAGAUAAGAACAAACACAUUUAAUACCAGUGAACAGCAAGACUUUGUGACUCACCCCGCAACCAACCCGGCCUCUCCUACCUCACACGAUGAGUCCUCAGUGUCUGCAGAUCCCAUCUCAAGUUCAGAAGCUCAGGAACACCAACAGGCCAAUGGUCACCUGCCUCCGAGCCCAGCCUGUGGAACAGCAGCUGGGAAUGCAGCAGAAGAAGCAGCAGCAGAGGAUGAGAUACAGUCCAGUGACUCCGAGGAGAACCCGGUGCUGGGCAGGAAGGCCUCCCUGUCCGACCUGACGAGCGUCGGGGACAUCAACGCGCUCUCCGUGCGCCAGCUGAAGGAAAUCCUCGCCCGCAACUUCGUCAACUACAAAGGCUGCUGUGAGAAGUGGGAGCUGCUGGAGAGGGUCACUCGCCUCUACAGAGAGAAGGACCUUCAACAUCUAGUUUUGGACACUGAUGAUCAAACUGGUGGUGCUGGGCCCCCCAGCACCGAGGACAACCUGUGCAGGAUCUGCAUGGAUGCUCCCAUCGACUGUGUGCUGCUGGAGUGUGGGCACAUGGUGACGUGCACCAAGUGCGGGAAGCGCAUGAGCGAGUGCCCCAUCUGCCGCCAGUACGUCAUCAGGGCCGUGCACGUCUUCAGGACGUAGAGGUGGCUCUGGGCUCAGGGCUGCUGUGCCUUAAAGCCUCAGUGCUCUUGGGGAAAGGGAAACAUCCCUGCCACAGCUACCUUGGAGAUCAGCUGCUGCAGGACAGACAAGCAGGAAGCCUGGGGAAAGUGCUCUGCUCAAGCCAUGCCCGACUCUGCUCAUCCCACCAUCGUGCUUUACACCACAGUGCCUGGACUCCUUGGAGCUCAUUGCCAGCAAUCAUUAACCACCUCCAUCCUAGGAAAAUUUGAGGACAGAUGGAUGCCCAGCUUUCCACCAGGAAGAUCAGCUCCAGAGGCUUUGUAUUUAUCUCUGAAUAAUAAAAGUGAACUGGGGUCUCAAAAAGUGUCCUUUGUUUUGCUGCUCAGGCUAUGCCCAGCAACAACUCGAUUUUCAAAGAUUAAAAUGUUACCGUGCUUGUUAAUUGUACUUUUUAAUUUAAUGUAAAAUUGUUAUGCUUGCAGGACAGGCAGACCAUCCCUGCUUUCCCUAAUUCCAGCCUAGUGCAAUUGUGGAAAAAUGUGUAGUUUUGUAUCAAGGUUGUCUUUGUACUGUGGAAAACUCUUGGGGAGGGAGGCUGGGAAGGCUCAGCCUUGCCCUGUGUGUUGGGUUUUUGUUUCUGUGCCAGAGGGAGGGUUCUGGUUUGAUUUUGUCGACUUUGACUUCACAGCAUGUGCCAGAGGUGGGGAGCUACAAAUCCGAGGCUUGAGUCUUCCCCAGGGUUUACUGAGGACUCCACUGCUACACAAUCAUAUUUAAGUGCAGGUGACUUUGUCUUUUUUUAGAAGGGAAUCAUGGAAGAAGGCCUUUGUGUCCCUUGAAUCCAGGAGCAAUCUCCACUGCAAAUCAGCUUGCCCAUCCUCCCCAGGGCUGUUUUACAGUUCUGUUACCUUCCACUGCUUAUCAGAAGCAGUUUUGUCCUUUCUGCUGCUGAGGGUGGGGAGAGAGGCUGUGGCCUGAUCCCUGCCAGCUCUCCUGGGCAGUGGGUGCAGCUGGAAGAGAUUUGCUAGAGCAGUGUGGCAGUUCUUGCAGGAGGUGACUGUGACUGGUGUAUUGUCCCCUCACUGCAGGGCAGCUGAGGCUGAGCUGUCCUGGCUGCUCUGGGGACGGGGGAUGGCUCCGUGUUCCAGCUGGCUGCCAGCAGAGAACAGCACAAACCCCUCACAGCUCCUGGGGCACUGAAGUGCAGCUGCAGGGACAGCAGCAGAGCUCCCGUGCAGUGGCAGUGAUGGCAACAGCACAUGCACCUGCUGUGCUCUGCACAGGGCAGUUCCAGGAGCAGCCAGUGCAGGGACUUUGCUCUGGGCACUGCAGCCAAAACAGGGCCUGGGAUGAGAAAUCCAGGGCUCGGGAGGCAGCCAGGGAUUUCUCACUGAGGUGCUCCCAGAACUCCACAAAACUGCAGCAGCUGCUGCAUUGACUGAACUCAGCAUUCCGAGUUCUACCUCUGUCCCAGGCCAGUUCUGUAAUCUCUGAUUUAAGGUUUAACAGAUCCAGCACGAGAACAAACUGAACAAGUCAGAGCAGCACAACAGAGAAAAGGGCAGGUAAAAAGUGACUGCUGGCUCUGGAUAGAGCACAGGGACCUCGAAGAGCUGCAGGAAUACACAACAUGCUCAAAGCCUCAUUUAGGAAAUCCACUGUGAAAAUUCAUGUUGUUGUAUUUUUCAAUGAACUCAGGGCUGGGGGAACUUAGCAGGAAUAAGAUGAUUCCCCUAUGGAUAGAUGAACUUUUCCUUGUAGAGGGUAGGCUUAAUGUUCUACAGCAGUUAAAUCAAGCUGCAGCUCAAUGCCUGAAAUUUUAGGGGUGAGAAGAUCCACCCACCCUGUGACUUCAAAAUGUGCUUUGUGAAUGGAAGACUCUUCUUGUUUCACUUGUAAAAAUGGAUUCUCUAUUAUGGGUAUGAGUGAGUUGUUUUUAAAGGAAAAUCAAAACCUGGAGGAAACUGAUUAAUGAUCCAAAGGAAUAUAAUGUUCUGAACUAAUAAAGUAAAUGGAAAUAUUUAUGUGCUUUAUGUACACUGUACAUUGUUUAAAGAUUUUAAAACUUAAUGUUCUACUUGAAAGGGCAUGUUAUUCACUGUUAAAUUCUCUGGUACUAUGACAGUUCAACUUACUAGUUUUGGUACAGAAGUCUGGUUUAUAAUUUUAUAAUAAAGUUGAAUUGUGAUUUAGUUAA